CCUGAACUGAGAUAUGAGGACAAGAUAUGAGGAUGAGAUAGCCUCAUUGCUGCUUUUCCUCCUCCAAAAGGUUUAGUAAGCAAGACCGGACCCUGCCAAAUGUCCGUUAGUGUAGGGGACGCGAUAUGGAGACAGGAGAAAACAAGAGUCAAAAUUAGUCAUCAGAUCCCCAGUAAUAAUGCAGUGUAUGAGAAGUACUUCCUCCAGGUUGAGUCUAAAAACUCGGGAAAGGUCUUGGCUGGAGAUGCUGCCCUCUUCCUGAAGAGGUCUGGUUUGCCGGACUUAGUGCUGGGCAAGAUUUGGGAUUUGGCAGAUACAGAAAGCAAAGGCUAUUUAAUCAAGCAGGAAUUUUUUGCGGCUCUGCAGCUCGUGGCCUGUGCUCAAAAUGGAAUGGAGGUGUCGCUCAACAGCCUCAAGAAGGUGGUGCCCCCGCCAAGAUUUCACGAUAUGGCAAGUCCCCCCUCGGUAGCUGCUCCAGUUGCUGUGGACUCUCCGUGGGCCGUCAAGCCUGAAGAAAAGGCCAAAUAUGAUGCGAUAUUCGACAGCCUGAGCCCUGUGAAUGGUUUCCUGUCUGGGGACAAAGUGAAACCUGUGCUGCUAAAUUCCAAGCUACCUGUGGAAGUCCUGGGCCGGGUCUGGGAGUUAAGUGAUAUUGAUCAUGAUGGAUUACUGGACCGGGAUGAGUUUGCUGUUGCUAUGUUCCUGGUGUAUUCCGCGUUAGAAAAAGAACCUGUUCCCAUGGUAUUACCUCCUGCACUGGUGCCACCAUCCAAAAGAAAAACUUCAGGACCACCAUCAUCAUUGCCAAUAAUCCCACCUCUGCCAAUGCCACCUUCUAAAGAGCCACGACACUCAUUGCCAUCUGUAGGAAUUAUACCCACAAAAGCACCCGCGACACAGUGGGUCGUUUCACAUGUAGAGAAAACAAAAUAUGAUGAGAUUUUUCUGAAACUUGAUAAAGACCAAGACGGUCUGGUGUCUGGGCUGGAAGUUCGAGAGAUCUUCUUGAAAACUGGACUACCUUCCGCACUGCUUGCCCAUAUCUGGUCGUUGUGUGACACAAAAGAUGGUGGGAAACUGUCUAAAGAACAAUUUGCGCUGGCUUUUCAUCUCAUCAAUCUAAAGCUUGUGAAGGGUAUUGAUCCGCCCCAAUCCCUCACUCCAGAAAUGAUGCCCCCAUCCGAAAGAUCAUCCACACCUAAGAUCCCAUCGGCCCCCAGUCCUGUUUCAGAUUUCUCCGCCAUAAAAGAGCUGGACACACUGAAUAAUGAGAUUGUGGACUUACAGAGGGAGAAGACAAAUGUGGAGCAAGACCUGAAGGAGAAGGAAGACACUGUGAAGAAGAGAACAAGUGAGGUCCAGGAUCUGCAGGAUGAGGUGGAGCGGGAGAGCGCCACUUUACAGAAGCUUCAGACACAGAAGCAAGAGAUGGAAGACAUCCUGGCCGGGCUGGACGAACAGAAAGCACAAUUGGAGAGCCAGUUACAGGAACUGCGGCUGCAGUGUGUAGAGGAGACCAAUCUGAUCUCUUUAUUGCAAACUGAGGUAUCCAGCCAGGAGACACAGAUUUCCAAUUAUGAAGAGGAAGUGAGCAAGGCCAAGGAGGAACUGCGCAGACUGCAGGAGGAGACCGCACAGCUGGAGGAGAAGCUGGAGCAAGGGAAGGAACGUCUGACACCCCUGGAGCACCAGCUGCUCGAGUGCAAGGAAGAGCUGCGCUUAGCCAAACUUCAAGAUAUCAAACCUACUGAGAACCACAUAAAUGACCAGUUUCACAUCAGCUGGCGCCACCACUUGGAUCUGCCCAUGGUCAACGGCACAGGGGAUCAUUCCAGCCUGAGUAAUAGCAGCAGCGAGCCGGCAAAUCUUCAUGAAACUGUAGAAUAUGAAAGCUCAGCCCAGCCAGAAAGUCAGAGCCAGAGCUCUCCGGUAAGGAGCAGUCCAGAAAUCACCCAUACCUCAGGGAGCGAAGAGGAAGAAAAAGAAGAGACACCUGAUGUGCCAGCCCCAGCCGACAAGGAGAUUAUGUUCCAAGUAGAUCCCUUUGAAGUGCAGCAAAGCGCACCUGCCGCACAGUCUGUCCCAGGAACAGGGCUGGACUUCUUCCAGAGUGACCCUUUUGUUGGAAAUGAUCCCUUUAAGGAUGAUCCAUUUGGUAAAACAGAUCCAUUUGGGGGAGAUCCCUUUAAAGACUCUGAUCCCUUUGCGUCUGAUGCUUUCUUCAAGCAGUCUUCAGUCGACCUUUUCUCAUCUUCAAAAGCAGAUCCAUUUUCUUCUUCCAGUGCAGAUCCUUUCCCACCUGCAAUGGCUGAAACAUCAGAUCCUUUCUCAUCUUCAAAAGCAGAAAAACCAGAUCCUUUCAUGUCCUCAAAAACGGACCCAUUCACUUCCUCCAAAGCUGAUCCAUUUUCUUCAUCUGAGGAUCCCUUUACAUCUUUCAAAGCAGAUCCUUUUUCUGCCCCAUUAUCAGACAGCGGCUUGGCCUCGAAUGAAGCUUUAAAGACCAAUGACCCAUUUGCUCCUGGUGGUACUGCUGUCCCAGCAACUACUGAAGCUGGCAUUGAUGACCCUUUUGCUUCAGUCUUUGGUAAUGAGUCGUUUGGUGGCGGAUUUGCGGACUUCAGUACGCUGUCCAAGAACAACAGCACAGACUCCUUUGAUGGUACGCUGCCCCUAAAAGAAAAAGACACACUAAGCAUCGAGAGCACAUUGGAAGCAGAGUCUUCUCAAGCAGACACUCCACCUGCCUUACCUCCAAAAACUGGAACACCCACUCGACCAUGUCCACCCCCGCCAGGCCAGAGGCCUCCCUCUAAGCCAGAGAACUUGUUAAAGCAAGGAGACCCAUUCCAGGCAUUCAAUCUCAGCUUCCCCAAAGAAGUGGAGUCUGACCCCUUCGUAACCGGCAAAGUGACAGGCGAGGCCGGGAGUCUUAGUAGCUUUAACACUUACCAGUCUGAGGACGAUAUGAUCGAAUGGGCGAAGAGGGAGAGCGAACGAGAGGAACAAGAGAGACUACAGAGGCUAAAGCAACAAGAGCAGGAGGACCUGGAGCUUGCCAUAGCGCUCAGCAAGUCCGAGAUCUCCGAAGCAUGAAACAUCCGGAGCAUCGGGUGUAAUAGUUACAAAACUGUGUAGUUCCUAGAAAUAUUUAAAUAGUUUGCAACCUCUACCUUUGAAGUAUUUAAAUGUCUCUACAAUCCUUGCUUGGCUAGAGAAGUCUCUGGCGGUGAACAGGUAACGUCAUCCCUUCGUGUUUUGAACAUGGCUGAGGAGUGAUACUUGUAAAUGCUGUUGUCUGAUCUGUGAUCCUUAAAGGGGUACUCCGGUGGAAAACAAUUAUUUUUUUAAAUCAACUGGUGCCAGAAAGUUAAACAGAUUUGU